UCUCACCAGACAAGCCCUACUGGGCAUAUAUCCUGUCGUCAUAUAUCUCUACAAAUAUAGAAUUGCAGUGUUUAUAAAUCACAUGACUUCAGUUUCUAACCACGUGAUGCAAUCCGAGAAGUUUAUCACAAAGUUGUCGGAGUCGUUUUUAACAACAUGCAAUAAGUACGUGGUUCAAGGAGAGAUUAUCAAACUAGUCUCUCCAAUUGCGCCUUGAAGCUUAAGUCUAUAACUAUCCCAAAUGACAUAACACGUUCGGUUAUAUUUAGAAAUCAAUAGGUUACAUCCCUGUGAACAAUGAGGCUGAAUCCUAUGUAAUCUACCAUACAAGGCUCUGACAUUAUACAUGUCGUAUUGAUUUAUUGCGAGUUCAUUUUCAAAGCAGAGAUUACUAAAUGGUACACUGUGUGUUGACACUGUGUGUCGAAUGGGGUUUCUAUAGAGAAGUUCAUGAUUGAUGUUUGUGAUAAAACGUUCGUGCGUCUUUACUGGUAUUAAUUGUGAAUGAAAGUUCUACCGAUUUGAAAGUAUGUCUUUGGGACCAUUGUAAGUGAAAUGCUUAAGCCUACGAUCCCAGAAAAUCAAAGAUGGCCAAUGAUUGGUAUGCACCAACUUGGCAUGUCAUGUCGGGCUAUUGCUGUCGUGGUAUGCACAAAGGGAGACAACUACAGUUGUCAUGAUGUAGCCAUCACGAAUAAACGUGUCUGAAGCUCACUCCUGCGUCCGUCCUGAUGUUGAAGGAAUAACUAACGUAACAUGGUGUCAGAAGUGGGAUUGUGUCAAAACAGGACCUAACGGACGUCAUACCAAAAAGUCCUGCAUCCUGGACAGGCACAACCAUCCUGGCAAGACUGAAAUAAAGACUGUCUGCUGUCUCAGUUAAGUUCAGCGGCACAGCACACAAAGAAGAUAACAAUGAAUGAUUGCUGUUGAUUCCUAACCACGAUCUUAUGACGUCCACCAGCACGGAACCCAUAGAAUUGCAACCUGACCUGAUGGUUGUGGAGCCUGAACGUGAUGACAGUGGCGCGCUGAGAGCCCCGGACGGGGGAUGGGGAUGGGUGUGUGUGGCAGGGCGGUUCUUCGUAGUUGCUCUUGUUUUGGGACUUGUCAGUGGCUUUGGCAUUGUAUAUGUUGAAAUAAUUGACCAUUUCGACACCACAAGAGUGGAAACAGCAUGGAUGAGCUCACUUCACAGCGCAACAUAUUGUAUAACAGGUCUUGUUGGUGGUGGCGUACUGGAACGUUUCGGCUGCCGAGCAAUGACAGUAGCGGCGUCUAUCCUCACAAGCGCCGGCUUCAUCUUCAGCCUGUUCGCCCAAAACCUCGUCCUGCUGUGUGUCCUGUAUGGCGUCCUGACUGAAUUCCAAAGGAAUCCUACUGGUGGACUACCUCCCAGGCCAGGCAUAGGAAAGACUAGGCAAUUAAUGGCCAGUAUCAUACCGGGACAUGUACAGCUGCGUUAUAAUGUCAGGCCAAACGCCUCACUAAAACUCACUGAAGGCUUGAUGCUCCGGACAAAUAUGAUGUAUAUAGGGCUGUAUUGUAUGGCUUUGAACCCAUUUGAGUUCCACCCAUUCCCAAACGUGAAGAGAGAACUGUCUGGCAAACCUAUUGCAAAUGAUGAUAACGUCAUUUGUUUGGGGAGAGCAUUUUCAACCACCAGGAGGAAGUCUUCUACCCCCGUGGGAUCCAGCAGAUCCAUCAUUGAUGGAGACGUGUUUGGACCUUUGAGAGGAGCUGGAGUGUCCCUGAUGUACACUGCGUCCACUGUCAUCGUGCUGCAGUACUUCGACAAGAAGCGGGGCCUCGCCAUGAGUAUAUCUUCCCUGGGGGAAGGAGUGGGUAUGCUGGUGUUACCUCCCCUGACCUACCUUCUGAUAGAGACGUACAGCUGGCGGGGAGCCUUCCUUGUCACGGCGGGAAUCACUCUGAACGCAGCUGUGUUUGGGCUUCUGUUCAAACCACCGCCAUACCUCAGCAAGGCGGUCCAAAACAAUACCCAGAGACGCAAAAAAGAUAUGCUUCAGUCCUUUAAACAUCUCUUGCACAAGAAGUUGUUCUUCCUGUUUGCCCUUGGGUCCUUCCUGGUCCACGCCGGCUACACCGUGCCGCUGAUCAAUCUGAUCGACCUCGUGGAUCUGAAAGACAUUGACAAAAGCCAGAGCGCCAUGUUGAUCCCCGCGAUGGGAGUAUCCACCAUCUUCUCCCUGGUUCUGUUUGGCUGGGUCAGCGACUUUCCAGGUGUCAAUAGGACGGGGCUACACGCCGGCAGCAUCGCUGUGAUGGCAGUGAGUGUGAUGCUGGUGCCGGCACUGGACUCUAUAGAAGCAUUCUUUGUGUUUGCUGCCGUAUAUGGAGUAUUUAUGGGAACAUGGCACAUGGGGCAGGCGGUCAUCGUCACUGAGAUCGUCGGUGUCGAGCUCACAGGCGUGGCCUUCGGCAUCCAUACCUUGCACGCUGGAGUGGGGAUGUUUGUCUCGUCCCUUCUAGCAGGGUGGCUAUUUGAUAUCACUGGUAAUUACGUCUGGUCUUUUUAUGUAUCGGGAGGACUGUACCUACUCGGGUGUUUCGUGACUCUCCUGGUGCUCAUCGCGCGCCAUCUAGCGACCAGGAACAAGCACAGACGUGACAACGCCCCUUCAGCCGAGGUGCGUCCACUGUCACAGUCUUAGAUACUUACGUUAGUAAGUUAUGCAGAUUCGGUCUCCAGCACCCCAAUGCUUGUUGUAAGAGGAGAUUAAACUGGAUUUGAUGUUCA